GCCGUGGCCCCGCUCGCCGCGGCGCUAUGGAAGGCCUCCUGCGGCCCGCGCCCGCGGAGGAUACCGUGUGCUACCGCCUGUUUGCCGCGGCGGCGGCGGGGCCGGGCGGCGAGGCCUUGCUGCGCCGCUGCGCUGAGGCGAUCGUGGUGCGGUUCGCGCCGCUCCUGGCCUCCUACAUCUGGCAGCGGCAGCCCUUCGGCCUGCGCUACGUGCCGCCGCACGGCGAAACUCCGGCGCACAUCGGCGGCAGCACGCUGUUCGGCGACAAUGUGGAGGACGAGUGGUUCAUCGUCUACCUCAUCCGGGAGAUCACCAGGGAGUUCCCGGGGCUGGCUGCCAGGAUCGAUGACAACGAUGGGGAGUUUCUCCUUAUAGAAGCAGCUGAUUUUCUCCCGAAGUGGCUGAAUCCUGAGAAUAGCAACAACAGGGUGUUCUUUUACAAAGGAGAGCUGCACAUCAUCCCACUGUCAGAGACCGAUGAGCAGGAGUGUGACCUCUCUGUUGCCAGCCCGACAGUCUCACAGGGGUUAAAGCUAUUAUCCACCCGGUCUGAGGAGUGCCUGGCUGCAGAACCCAUCAGAGCAGCAGUCUAUAAACGCAUCAGUGGGUAUCCUGAGAAGAUCCAGGCCUCAUUUCACCGAGCCCACUGCUACCUUCCAGCAGGCAUCGUGGCGGUGCUGAGGCAGCGCCCGUCCCUGGUGGCUGCAGCGGUCCAGGCCUUCUACCUGCGCGAUCCGGCUGACCUGCGGGCGUGCCGCUGCUUCCGAACCUUCCCCCCAGAGCAGCGCGUGAUGACCACGGUGACUUUCACCAAGUGUUUGUACGCACAGCUGAUGCAGCAGAAGUUUGUUGCGGAUAGACGCAGUGGGUACACAUUGCCUCUCCCGUCUCACCCUCAGUACAAAGCCUAUGAGCUGGGCAUGAAACUGGCUCAUGGCUUUGAAAUUUUGUGCUCCAAAUGCAGUGAAGUAUCUCCUGAUUCCAAGACAAAUGUGCCACAUGGUCCCCUGUGGGAGAGAUUCCUCAACAGCCUGAAGGAAAAAAAUUACUUCAAGGGACAGCUGGAAGGGUCUGCUAAGUACCUGGAACUGUUGCAUAUGGCAGAAGAUUACUUCCAGCAGUCUGUUGCCAAGCCAGAGAGCUCUGCUGAAGUGAGCCCAGGUGAUGAAAUCUUGACAUUACUGCGGACAACCACCAUUGAUUUGGAGGAACUUGAGAGAGAUGCAGCUUGUCUUCCUCCAGAGGAUGAUGACAGUUGGCUGGACAUCACACCAGAUGACCUAGAUCAGCUGCUGAAGGAGGCAAGAAAUGAGUCCCUUCCUUCCUCAAAUGAGGAAGAGCAGAAAUAUGACUUGGAAGCAGUCGCUGAAAGCAUGAAGGCUUUUGUAUCCAAAGUCUCCACGCAUGAAGGAGCAGAAAUGCCAUGGUCCUCUGAUGAAUCUCAUGUUACCUUUGAUGUAGAUUCCUUCACAGAAGCCUUAGACAGAAUUUUAGGGGCAGACUCAGAAGAGCUGGAUUCUGAUGAUCUGGAUGAAGAGCAGGAGUUUGACUUCUCUGAUGAGGAUGAUGAAGACUUAGAUGCUGAAAAUCAAGGACAGGACCAGAAGGUAUCACCUAAUGAACUUAUAGGCAGUCUCAAGUCAUACAUGAAUGAGAUGGAUCGUGAACUGGCACAUACCAACGUUGGUAAAAGUUUCACCACCCAAAAGAAAGAGGCAAGCUCUGUUAAAGCAACUACAUCUCAAAGGGCUGGCCCUGAUUCUGGAGCUGAAGAUCCUGAGUUGACCCCAGUUGAUGUGGAUAUGAACCUAGUAGCUAACCUGCUCGAAUCCUACAGUGCUCAGUCUGGCCUGGCAGGACCCACCUCUAACAUUUUACAGAGCAUGGGAGUGUAUUUACCUGAAAAUGCAGACCACAUUGCCUCCAAUGAGGCAUCAACACAGUAACAGACUGUCCUAGGUGAGAAGACAGUGGCUGCUGGAAAAAUGAAGCACAGAAAGACUGGCAGGCUUUGCAAGAAGAGACAAAAGGUUUGACUUUAAAGCGUUUUAUGCAUUAGUUCUGUGUGACUUUAAAGAUGCUGCGUGACUUUACCUGCAAAAGCCAUGUUUCUAAAGAGACCUUUAGCCAU